AUGAGUUUACCCCUCAAUCCCAAACCUUUCCUCAGUGGACUAACAGGAAAGCCAGUGAUGGUGAGACUUAAGUGGGGAAUGGAGUACAAGGGCUACCUGGUAUCUGUAGAUGGCUACGUGAACAUGCAGCUUGCAAAUACAGAAGAAUACAUAGAUGAAGUGUUGUCUGGACAUCUGGGUGAAGUUUUAAUAAGGUGUCAUAAUGUCCUUUAUAUCAGAGGUGUAGAAGAGGAGGAAGGAGACUGGGAAAUGAGAGAAAUGAGUUUGUGGGGGAAUUUUUUCUUCUUUUUUUCCUGA